AUGAAACGAGUUGUUUUAUUUCGAAAUGGAAGUUUGGUCGAUGGAAAGGUCGUUCUUGUCACUCACUCUUUGGAUGAUUUAUUAAAAACGGCAUCACAAAAAUUUGGAAUCAGUGCUAAAAAAAUAUUCACACCUCAAGGUGGAGAAAUUGAUGAUAUUAAAUUAAUUAGAGAUGAUGACGUUUUAUAUGUCACUAAAGAAAAUGAAGAUUUUAUUAAACUCGAGGAAAACAAAGGGAAUUAUGCAUUGAAUACCGUUUUGAGAGAUCCUGUUAAAAACGAUUGCGAUUGCUUCAAACAAAAAUCAAAUACAUAUGAUAGUAAUAAAUAUGGUACAAAUGUUUUGACAGCAUUCAAUUCAAACAUUGAUUCGAGUCAAAAUGAAGUUUUAGAUUGCGAUGCCAAAGGCUCUUCGACAUGUUCAACAUUAGCAAGAACAUCAAGUUUAGAUUAUAAAAGAAAAAAAGAUGUUAACAAACUUCAAGAAUGGGUGAAAUUAAAUGUCGGAGGAAAAAUAUUUACAACCAGUAGGAGUACAUUAGUGACCAAAGAACCUACGAGUAUGUUGGCAAGAAUGUUUGCCCAAGAUGAAGAUGGAUAUUUAAUGACUCCAAGCGAUCUCGAUGUAAAUGGAGCAUAUUUAAUCGAUAGGAGUCCGACAUAUUUCGAACCCAUUCUUAAUUAUUUGAGAAACGGUCAAUUAAUAUUCGAUACGAAUGUAAAUCCGGCAGGUAUUUUACAAGAAGCUCGGUUUUUUAGAAUCGAAUCACUUGUUGAACAUUUAGAAAAUCUUAUAUCGACACAACAAAGAUCUCAAGACAUUGCACCAUUAACUCGAAGAGAUGUUAUCAAUGCAUUGAUAACAACUUCAUCAACAGCAGAUUUAAGAUUUCAAGGUGUUAAUUUGGCAGGAAGCGAUUUGUCCAGACUUGAUUUGAGAAAUAUUAACUUUAAAUAUGCUUGUUUACACGGUUGCCGAAUGGUUGGUGCGAAUUUAAGUUUUUGCUGUUUGGAAAGAGCAGAUCUUUCACAUGCGGUUAUGGAAUCGGCACAAUUAAUGGGUGUACAAAUGCUUUGUGCCAAUUUGGAGGGUGCAAAUUUAAGAGGUUGCAAUUUCCAAGAUCCCACGGGAGUGCGAACAAAUAUGGAGGGGGUGAAUUUAAAAGGUGCCAAUUUGGAGUGCAGCAAUAUGGCCGGAGUCAAUUUAAGAGUUGCCACAUUGAAAAAUGCCAAUUUACAAAAUUGCGAUUUGAGAGCCGCAGUACUUGCCGGAGCCGAUUUGGAGAAAUGUGAUCUUUCCGGUUCGGAUCUUCAAGAAGCAAAUCUUCGGGGAGCCAAUUUAAAAGAUGCCGCUUUCGAACUCAUGUUGACUCCCAUUCACAUGUCGCAAACAAUUCGCUGA